GAGAUGUUGCAAACAUAUAAGAGGUAGAGUGAAUACUGCCCAUCCGAGUGAACCGUUUUGCUGGUUGGCAUCUCCGAUUCGAUGUCCUUUAAGCCGGUUAUAUUUUUCUUGUUGUCGACUUGCGCGCCUGUGUAACCAGCAAUGUUGGCUCGUUCCUCUUUGCUACAUGAACGAAUUUGAUGAUGAACGCUGUCGUAUCCUUUCGACAGAAGACUUAAUGAUUUUACAGGAGGUGAUAGCAAUAGAGGCAACGAAUUAAUGAAGAGUAAAGCUCUUUUUCUUUCUUCCGUCCCCCAAUAUUUGACAGGUUGGCUGCCAUAUGGCCUUAAAAAACAAUAUAUCAACCAAAUUUCACGACGUCAAGCCAAGAAGUCCUGGGGGGGCUGCCUUCCUUGCCGCCGAAAGAGCCAAAUGUAGCUUUGAUGUGGAGAGUCUAUCAAAGUUUAUGUAUACGGAGGACUGGCUCAAUAGAAUGAACCAAAUUUUAGAGAUACUCGUAAAUGAGCCUGCUUUUGAUAAAAGGAACAGAUACCAUCAAAGCCGCAAAGACAAGAUUAGCACUGGGUUGCAGAAGGAUAAGCGUUUGGUAGAAUUAGCAAAGGAACAUAAUUGGGACGAGCAGGAUAUUAAAAUUGUCAAUUUUUUAUAUGACCAAUCUACUCCAUUUUCUCUUCAUUAUGGUAUGUUUAUCCCUACGCUGAAAACACAAACUACUGAGGAGCAAAAGAAGCUGUUCUUGGAACGUGCAUUGAAGCACGAAAUUAUCGGUUGCUAUGCACAAACAGAGUUGGGACAUGGAUCCAAUGUUCAAGGCCUUGAAACCACAGCUACUUAUAUACCGGAAACAAAUGAAUUUGAAGUCCAUUCACCAACUUUAACUUCCUCUAAAUGGUGGAUUGGCGGUUUAGGUAAAGCUGCUAAUUAUGCAGUCGUCAUGGCUCGUCUUAUUACAAACGGCAAAGACUACGGACCACAUCCAUUCUGUGUUCAAAUUCGAAGCUUGAAAGAUCAUACACCACUUCGAGGCAUCACUGUAGGCGACAUUGGACCUAAAUUUGGUUUUAAUGCUGUCGAUAACGGAUUUAUUAUGUUCGAUCACUAUCGAGUACCGCACAUUGCCCUUUUGGCCAAGUACUCUCAAGUGAAGCCUGAUAGCGGCGAAUAUGUCAAGCCACCUAAUGCCAAAUUGUCCUACGGUACCAUGGUUUACGUUCGUGCUAAUAUUGUAAUGGGAGUUAGAUAUGCUCUUGCUAAAGCAGCAACCAUAGCUGUCCGCUAUUCCGCCAUUCGUCAACAGUUUGUAGAUGCUGCUAAUCCCAAGAAAUGGAAUAAUAAUGUUAUUGAGACUCCCGUUUUAGAUUAUACAAUGCAGCAAUAUCGUUUACUACCAAUUAUAGCGGCUGCUUAUGCUUGCUUCUUUACUGGACGAGAAAUGUAUCGCCUUUACGAGUUAAAUCAAUCAGAGAUUCAGAAAGGCAAUUUUGGUCUCCUGGCGGACCUUCAUGCCAGUUCAUCUGGUUUAAAGAGCUUAGCUACAACAAUGGCUGUUGAGUCUAUCGAAGAUUGUCGUCGAGCAUGCGGUGGACACGGCUAUAGCAUGUUUUCGGGUCUUGGUCAAUUUUACCAAGACUAUUUGCCCAAUGUUACCUGGGAAGGUGACAAUUAUAUCCUAACUCAGCAAACUGCACGUUAUCUACUGAAAACAUUUCGCAAUGUGGUAGCAGGCAAGGCUGAGCCUUCUGAACAUAAUCAAACGAUUAACUAUUUAGCAGCAUAUCUUCAAAACUCGAAUGCCAAGUGUCCUGCUUCUACUACUUCUGAUUUCUUGAACCCAGAAUUGAUUCUGUCCGCUUUUGCUUUUCGUGCUGCUCGUGGAAUUGCGCAGCUUGCUGAACAAUUGGACCGUCAUGGUAAAUCGUGGAACUCUAUGUUGGUGGAAAUCCGUGCUAUAUCCAACGCUCACUGUCAAUUCAUGUUUGUUCGUAAUUUUUUUGUUGCUCUCCAAAACGAUGUCUCUUUAUCUGCGUCUGGCAACAAAUCUCUUCUUCAAAUCCUCAAGACUUUAGCUGCAUUAUUCGCUUUACACAUUAUGGAGAAGGAGCUCUCUGAAUUUCUUCUUUCUGGGUAUAUAAAUGCCUCUCAAAGCAUUAUGCUUAAACAGCAAGUGAUUGAAUUGCUUGGUCAAAUUCGAUCAGAAGCAGUUGGGCUUGUGGAUGCAUUCGCACUGCCCGACUAUUAUCUUCAUUCCGCCUUAGGACGUUAUGACGGUCAAGUAUACGAGUCUAUGACAAAAAUGGCUGAAAAAGAACCAUUAAACCAUACUCAAGUUGUUGAUGGCUACGAUACAUGUAUCAAACCCUUCGUGCAUAAGGGAUUGAGGUACAACUUUGAGAAAGAUGGAAGGACUUGUUCAAAAUUGUAGCUUUCUUUACUUUUUUACUAAUUGUUAGAAAGUAUUAUAAAUACCGUGAAAUCUAUUCAGUCUCUUCAAAGUGUAUGAAUAAAACUGUAUAUUGUAGAC